GACGCGGAGCAGCUGAAACGGCUGCGGGGCUUCCUCCAGGCAAACAAAGAUCUAGGAGAGGAGUUCUCCUCCGAGCUUCAAGCUAUCGACUCUCUGGAGGCUAAAGGAGGAGAAGAGGGUUAAAAGAGAACCAGACAGAGUGCCUUCACCUCCACCUGCAGAGAGCGCGGCAGAUGGGCACCUGGCUCUGAGGGCGCCAUGGAGACGGAGGGCGCCGCCGUUCGCUCCAUCUACUACGGCCGUAUCGGGAGCAAAGUCACCGAGAAGCUGCUGGAGAAGUUCGGACGCGACGGCAGCUUUAUGCUGAGGGACAGCGAGACGGUGCCCGGGGCCUACUGUCUGUGCGUGAGGAAGGCGCCCUUCGUACACACCUACAGGCUGGAGCGCGACGGCGGCGGCGGCGGCGGCUGGUACCUCCAGGAUACAAGAGGAAGACUGCUGAGGUUUGGGACUAUUGAGUCGCUGAUCGAUCACUACAGAAGCCACCCGACCUCCCAUCAAGGCGUAGCUCCCCUCAUCCUUCCUCUGGAACGAGCGACGGUACCGAGCAACUGGAUUCAAGGACUCGUCUACAUGGAGAUGAACGGCGGCCAGUCUGGCCAGUGAGACCCCGUCGCCACGCCGACCGCUCUCGGAUCAUCUUCUUCCAUCUGUUGCUUCAGCUGAAACCUUUCCAUAUUUAUUUUUGUAUUUUCUGAUAUACAUUUUGAAAUAAAUGUAAAAGUUCUGGGAA